AUGUUUUGUAAUCUUUCUGGUGAGCCACCUCAAGAACCAGUAAUCUCCAAAAAAUCUGGUCAUGUAUAUGAAAAGAGAUUGAUAGUGAAAUACAUUGCCGAUUACGGAAAAGAUCCUAUAAAUGGAGAGGAUAUCACGGAGGAGGACUUACUAGAAGUAAAAACAAGCCCGAAAACUAUAAAGCCUCGACCUCCUACUUUGACAUCAAUCCCAUCUCUAUUGGCUGUUUUUCAAAAUGAAUGGGAUAGUUUAAUGUUGGAGACUUUUACUCUUAAACAACAAUAUCAACAAGUUCGUCAGGAACUGAGUCACGCUCUAUACCAGUAUGAUGCUGCAUGUAGAGUCAUUGCUAGAUUGAUGAAAGAAAGAGAUGCUGCUAGAGAAGCAUUAGCAAAUGUUCAAGCUCAUAUUGCUGUACAACCUCCUUCAGACGCAGCUGCAUCAGAAGCAAAUGCAAUGGAAAUAGAAGAGGAGAAAAAGGGCGUGAAUGAUACAGUUAUUGAAAAAUUAAAUGAAACCAGUGCGAAUUUAUCGAAAGCGCGUAAGAAAAGAAAGGCACCACCUGAUCUCACCCCUGCAGAUACAAUCAAAGAGUUUACACAGAUAACGGUUGUUCCAUCUUUGCAUACUACAUCAAAUCCAGGAAUAAUUUGUUUAGAUCUUGACCAAACUGAAAAUCUUGUUCUUACUGGAGGAAACGAUAAGAAAGCGCAAAUAUUUAACAGAGAGAGGAAUAAAGUUGAAAAUUUGUUGAAGGGUCAUACUAAAAAGGUCACAGAUGUAUUAUGGUUAGGAAGAACUGAUUCUGAGCAAGGAGACACUGUGUUCACUUCGAGUGCAGAUAAGACUAUCAGAAUUUGGAGACCUGCUGCAAAAGGAUACAAAACGGAAAAAACACUUACAUCACAUACUAGUGACGUCACUGGUAUUGCCGUACAUGCCACAAAAGAUUAUUUAGUGUCAGUGUCACAUGACUCGACAUGGGCGUUUCAUGAUAUAGAAACAGCACAAACUUUGGUUAAAGUCGAAAGUAACGAAGUAAACGAUGGAUAUUCAACUGUUGAAUUUCAUCCUGAUGGUCUCAUCCUGGGAACAGGAACGAAUGAUUCCGUUGUUCGCAUUUGGGAUGUCAAAUCUCAACAAAAUGUUGCAUCUUUUACUGGUCAUACUGGUCGCGUCACAUCGAUUUCUUUUUCAGAGAACGGCUAUUUCUUGGCAACUGCAUCAGAGGAUAACCUGGUAAAAUUAUGGGAUCUUAGAAAAUUGUCGAAUUUUCAUACUCUGACCAUUGAUGAAGGAAAGAUUAAUAAGGUUGUAUGGGACUAUAGUGGACAUUACUUAGCUGUCGGUGGAACUGACAUGAGAAUUUAUCAAUCUAAAACGUGGAAUGAACUUGCGGUUAUUUCCGAAAAUACCGCAGAAAUUAUGGAUAUGAAAUUCGGAGAACUAGCCAAGUAUUUGGUAGUUGGUGGUCUAGAUCGUAGUUUACGAUUCUUUGAAUGUUUAUAUGAAAAAUACGUUCUCAUAUUAUGGUUCGAAAAGAGAUUUCGUCAUCACUCUCAGGAAUUGACUUUAGGUCUAAAGAGUGUGACAGCUUCCGGUCUUGGAUGGAGCGAUUCAUUCGCAAACCAGAUAAUUGAUCAUGAUUCGGAUUUAGUGAACCAUCCUUCUCGCCCUAUGAAAAAAGCAAUUUUGAAACCUGCGCGACGAUUGGUACCUUCAAACUUACCAAUGCCAUUAAAACAUGAUGGUACUUGGAAAGAACAUCCUGAAGUUUUUGAAGAGGUUACACUUAGAGAUCUGAUCCGGUUAAAAACUAGCGAUUCGGAUAUUCACUUGAUCAAACCUAUUAUAUCCGAUGGUACAAUGUCACCAGAAUUUGGGUUAGAUGUCAAAUCUACUUCAGCACAUUCACAAAGACCAACA